UGUGCCUCUUCAGUUGGAUUGCAGAAAUAGACGUGAUAAUAUCAAAAGCAAUUAAAGACAGUGUUUUAUGAAGUGACUAAAGUAAAUACAACAACAGACUACAGACAUCAAUUAGCUACUAACUUCCGAACUUAUCCGUAGUUGUUAUAGUUACGUAAGGAUUAGGUAGUAUAGUCGCAAGAUACGGCCUAGAAGUCAUGCGAGGAGAUUGAUCGUGGUCACCGUUUAGAUAACACGAGAUGAGCGAUCGACCGACCUUAUCGUUAUCAGUAUGGAAGGAAUCUUCGGUAGGAGCCGAUAGCGAAGCUACAUUCGCAUAGAAGCCUCUGCGCGCAAUACGCGGCAUCCUUGAGGCGUUGCGUCCGCGCAUUACUAUCACGGGAGACGAUGCAACACCGGUAGGCGAUAUAUCGUGAUUGAUCUCAACCGGACUUUUUUUUUAAUAGUGAAGUGAUACUUUUUAAACAUGGGUUUAGACUUCUUAGAACAUGGGGCGGACUUCGAAGCCGCAAUCUCGGCUACCGGUUUCGGGCGCUUCCAUUUCUGUCUCCUGGCCAUCGCGGGCCUCAUCUACGCCAACACAGCCAUCGGCAUCACUAUAGUGUCAUUCGUGCUACCGUCAGCGACAUGCGACUUCCAAAUGACGUCUGCUGAUAAAGGCUGGCUCACAGCCGCCCCUAUGUUAGGUAUGGUUAUCGGUUCGUACUUCUGGGGUUGCUUAGCGGACACGAAGGGCCGAAAAGUGGUGUUGGUGUCAACACUUCUACUGGACGGCUUCAUCGGGAUUUUAUCUUCGUUCGUCCAAAUUUUGCCUAUUUUUAUGGCAUGCAGAUUUAUUAAUGGUUUCGCUGUUGCCGGCGCUAUGGGAAUCUGCUUCCCGUACUUGGGAGAAUUCCAGCAAACCAAAUACAGAGAGAAGAUCCUUUGCUGGAUGGAAAUGUUCUGGACACUCGGUGUCAUCUUACUUCCAUUGAUCGCUUGGGGCAUCAUUCCGAUCCAGGGCAUCCGCAUAGAAAGUGGAGUCUUCUCAUACGACUCGUGGAACUGGUUCGUGGCAGCUUGCGGUGUGCCUUCGCUCAUGCUGGGCUUCUGGCUGUUCUCGUUCCCUGAGAGCCCCAAGUUCAUGAUGGAAUGCGGCGACUACGAUGAAGCGCUCGCCGUCCUCAAGUCGAUAUACAAGCAGAACACCGGAGACGACCCUGAUAACUACCCUAUUAAAAGCCUCAAAGAGAAAGUUAGGACCAUUUCAGUGGCGUCGCAGAGCUCACAGAAAUCUGUAAGGAGUUUGAGCAUGCGUAAGCCCAAGGACUUGAGACGAUUGUUCAGCGAGAUCUGGGUCCAGACCAAAGCGCUGUGCCGACCUCCCUACCUCAAAUACACCGUACUCACAUGCCUUAUCCAGUUCGGAUUAACUACCAGCUACUACACCCUCAUGAUCUGGUUCCCCGAGUUGUUCAACCGUUACGAGGAGUACGAACACCGUUUCCCCAAUACCUCUGCGUCAGUGUGCGACGUGUCCAGCAUCGUGGUGAAGGAUUCCACCAGCUCCGAUCCCUACGACUGCGAGAAGUCGAUCGACCAGAGUGUGUACAUGCACACGCUCAUCGUCGGCCUGGCGUGUAUACCAACGUCCCUGUGGCUGCCGCUCUGUGUCCAUCGCCUCGGUGCUAAAUUUUUCCUCAUUUUCUCGCUUAGCUUCGCCGGUGUAGUCACGGUGGGUCUGUACUUCGUGCAGAACUCAAUCCAGAAUUUGGUGCUCUCCUGUAUAUUUGAAGCGCUCACUUCACUGGCCAUCAGUCUUGUGUUCUGUGUGCUUGUCGAUCUGUUCCCUACGAAUCUUAGGGUAAUGGCUGCUGCGCUGUCACUAACGGCCGGUCGAGGAGGAGGUCUCAUUGGCAACCUGUCCUUCGGUUAUCUAAUAGACAUCAACUGCGUUAUACCCAUCGUGGUCUUCUCAGCAUUCCUGUUUAUUGCUGCAAUACUUUGCUUCUUCUUGCCAAAGACAGGACAAGAAGCUCUCGACUAGACUAGACUAGAUCCAAACUUACUCAAAACUAGAUAGUACAAUUAGAAAUGUCAGUGUAGAGACCAUAAGUGACGUUGCUGGAGGAACGCGCUGAGGGCGUUUUAGCCCUCCAAGAGUUUACAAGCUACAACUAUGUUGGAGAAGAAAAUGAAAACGAUACGGGUGAAAGAAAGUGAAGAAGAGAUACGGAUAAUUCUAUACACUACUUUAGAUAAAAAGUAGACUAAAGAAUUUUUGGGGAAGUCGCAAGUUGUGAAGAUUGUGAAAGUUGUGAGCCUUGCUACAAUCUCAAUAGUUGUGAAUGGCUGAAUCUAUGGUAUUCAUGCUGCAAUAGUGCUUUGGCGAAUAACGAAAGAGUCUGCGGUGAUUGCUAUUGUCACUGUAGAUGCAAACUGCAGCAGUCGACGCCCAGAAUUAUUAGUAAAGCACACGUCAUGAUCACCAGUGAGUUGGAUUCGCUGACCUCAACUAAUACAAGUACGCUGGAUUUGUAUUAGGACUGGAUUUUCUCCAUUUUGGUACUGAUCGCAGAGUGAGCAUCAUGUGAGCGUACUCGGAAGAAGACCGAUUGACCCAAAGUGCCAAUCUUAUUUCCUGGUACGCUCGGUGGGUUGCUUCAAAUCGCCACAAAAAAGAACUGUCAUUUUGUACGGCACGCCUUUUCCAGCGUACUUGUAUAUGCCUAUUUCAGUGUUUGGAUCCAUGUCGUGGUUCAAUUUUAGUGGUGAAAGUACAUUAAGGUGAAAGAACAAGAAUUACAUGAGAUCAUCGAAAAAGAAAUAGUUUGUUAACAUAGUGCCAACCCUAGUGACGUCACGGAUUCCGAAAUACAUGUACAUAAUAAGAUGUAAAUAUGUGGACUAAGUAUUCUUAUUUAUUGUCGGUUACGGCUUUAAAUAUACUAAGCGGGUUUUGGACGUAGCCCACGCGUGGGCUUUAUGCAAGGAUUUCCCAUUUAGGAUAAAGUUAUGCUGAUCGCCCAUUCGGGCCAAACUAUCAUAUUUCGGUACUGAAAUUAAAUAUGACGUUAGCUGCUACAGGAGGCGCAUCGCCGCAUCAAAGAUAUAUUUUCCCUCGCCCUAUAUUUUCGACGCAGACGGCUCAUUUGUAAUGUGCGUUCGGCAUUAAGAUACCUGUUCACUGAAGCGAACCGAAGAGGAGUGCAGCGGAAAUGUACCUAUGAAGUAGGCCAAUCAGAUUAUUGUUUGAUAAAUUUUUUGAUUUGCUGAACAUAUUUCCGCUGCACUCCAUUUUAGUGAACAGGCGCCUUAUACAAGGAUUCCCUUAUGUUUUCAAGAUAAGUAAAGAAGUAUAAGUUCAAUAAGUAUAAUUAAAGCGGGUAGUUUAUAUGAUUUUUCCACCGUGAUUUUACGCACAAAACCCGCUUAGCACAAGCCUUUAGAAUAUUUUUUGUCAUGUCCCCAACCCUGUUACCAAUUAAUUACUGUGAUUCAGUAUUCAGCUAUUGAAUUUAAGAUUGAGAAACAGUAUUUUAGAGUUGACUGUAUAAUAUAAUAAUAAUUUUAAUUGUCCUUAAAUUAUUAAUUAAUUAUUGUUAUUAAAGGUUUAAUUUGCCUUCCAUGAAAUUAAUUGUUUUAUUUAUUGAUGUCAUUGAAACUUAAGUGAAAUAAAUAGUUCAUAAUAAA